UUCUUCCCAAUAUUGAUUUUUGUUCCAUUUAUAUAGCCCAAUAUACAGCGUUAACUAAGUCUAUUGAACUCACAACGCUAUGUGUCGCCACUUCUCAAUAACUACCACUGCAUAAUGUUUUCAUGAAUGAAAAGACAGGAACUAUUUAUUGUGUGCGGAUUAAUACUCUGAAAAAAGGAAAAAAAUAGUAUAAUUCAUUAGUGAUAUAUACAGGACAUUUUGGUAAUUUAUUUAUAUGAAAGGAAACUACACAUUAAGUAAGUUAGUGAUGCUGGUGUUCUGGUAAGUAAGUCAUCAUACAAUAAGAAAAGGAGCGCUUAUAGGAAAGCCGUUCUAAGAAUUUAAGAGAUAUUUGAUCUACACCGACAAUGCCGAUGGAAGUAAAUAAACUAUCAGCUGCUCAUCUUAAACAAAUAAUUGACUCUCAACUAUCAGCAAAAUUGUUGCUGUUGGACUUCCGGUCAUUUUUGGCGUACAACAAUGACAGAAUUAAGGGCGCUGUGAAUGUCUUUUGUCCGCCCAUUCUGAAACGCCGUUUCGCUGCUACCGGAUAUUUACGUCUAGAAUCGGUCCUUACACCGGAAGUGAGAAAAAGACUGAGGAACGGAGACUACACGCAGCUUGUACUGUAUGACCAAGAUGAUAUUAUCAGGGAUACCUCCGACCUUGCCGUCGUCCUUCAGGGUUUGAACAAUGAAAGAUACGGCUUCAAAACAGUUUAUGUCCUCAAAGGUGGUUUUCAAAAAUUCCGAGCGAAAUAUCCUUCGUGCUGUAUUGGUCAGAAAGGACCACGUGAUAUACCGUCCAGUGCCAUAUCAAAGUUAUCGCCCGUGAAAGCCAUUCGUCACCAGAAACCCUUUGAUUUUAAGCAUGCCCCUACGCAACUUUUACCUCAUUUGUUCAUCGGAAAUGAACGAAAUUCACUCGACACUGAUCUCCUCAAACAGAUCGGAGUCACCGCCAUCUUGAAUGUUUCAACGCAGAGUUCAAAUCAAAUGAUAUCUGAAUUCGAGUACAAAUGUAUCCCUGUCCGAGACAACGAAUCAGAAAAUAUAUCGAGCUGGUUCAGCGAAGCUUUCCAUUUUAUAGAAUCCAUCCGUAGACAAGGCGGCAUUAUUCUUGUACACUGUAGAGCAGGGAUCAGCCGUUCAGCUACAAUAUGUAUUGCCUAUCUCAUGGCAAAUCAGUCCUUUACAUUGGACCAAGCAUUUGAGUUCGUCCGUGCACGGAGGGACAUCAUCUCCCCAAAUCUAAACUUUAUGCAACAACUUUUUGAAUUUGAACGCAUGCUUCUUGUACAGCGCAUGCGCGAGAUUGUAUGUCCUUCCGUCCAUGACAGGAAGUCUCCUCGGACACCAUUGUCAUGCUCCAAGACGUCAGAGCGUUCACCGGUUGUGGUUUCAAAUCAUUUCAGCUUCAACGUUUGCGCACAGAAUUGAUGAAGAACUAUGUUAUUGUUAAUAUUAAGACAAAACGUGAUUAAGCAAUAAACAGUUGAAAUGUAGAUGGUGUUGAAAUUUUAAUGCCAACGAGUUUUCAGGUUCUUCUGUGUUUAGUGAACACAAUCUAUGCCAUAUUUUGAAUGUGAAACUUACUUGAAUAACUUUGUUUCAGUAAUUGUUUUGUUUUGUCUUGUAUAUAUCUGCAUCUGCAAUUAAUAUGAAAAUAAGUAUUGCAUUUAUACCUGUUGUGUUUGUAAAACGUUUGGAAAUUGAAGGUAUAUUUAUUAAGACAAGCUACUUUAAAAAAGGUAGAAAAUGUAUUAUUUAUUAAGAUUAUUGUUUUCUUUUUUAUACAGUUAAUGUAGCUCUCAUUGCAAAAGUCAGGAUGAUACUUGCACAUGUAUAUGAUAUUAUAUGAAUGUGUUUACAACCUUACGAGGAUGGUUAAAUGGUCUGUGCAUUUUUUACUUUACAUUAUUAUUAUAUUAUGAGUUAUGUAUAUAAAUGAUAACAACGUGUUUAGAAUUCAGGAAUCACGUUGUAAGAUCAGUAAAUAUAAAAACAUCUAAGAAAUAAUGUUACGGGUAGGAUGGUUUAAUGUUUAACAAAAACUAGUGUUCUUAAAAUGUAUAAAGCUAUAUAUAGAUGUAUAUGCUGCCUAUAGAUUUCAAAAGUGUCGUUUGAAUUUUUUAAAGGCUAAUUCCAAAACAAUUGUAUAGAAAUUUAUUUGAAUUUUUCCUUCAGAACAAAUAGCACAUGCACAGAAUCGUCGCUAAAUAGUUAAAACCUUACUUAAAAUAGCAUGUAACAUUUGAGCCGCGUCACGACAAAACCAACAUGCUGUUCGCUUACAGACUCUAUAAUAAGUAGAGAAACUGAUAGCGAACAGCAAGGAUCCUGAUCAGACUGCGCGGAUGCGCAGGCUUGUCUGGAUCCAUGCUGGUCGCAAACCCAUUAUGUUGGUAUUGUCGUGACGCGGCUCAUUUUCUGCUUUCAAACAUACCCCUUUGCGUUAAGUUACAGGGAUAUUCUUUAUUGUAACUCUUUUAAGAAUCGACCUUAAGAUGAUUGACACAUUUUUUACUGUUUACAAAAUAGAAUAAAAAUGUUUCAUUAUACACAUGUAUAAAGCUAUAUACACUUUUAAUAGUUUUGUUACUUAAUAAAAGUAGUACCACCACAUUUGCCAAUGUGAGCAUUCCAUCAAAUAUCAUUUUGUAUUUUUGAUUCGUAAACAAUUUGUGAUAUUUAAUUUAUAUAGUAACAAAAGUAUGUCGUUCAAAAGUUUAAAUCAUAUUUGUUUACCAAUGCAUAUUCGAUUUACGUUUUCGUCUGCUAUUCUGAACACAUGUAAAUGAUUUUAGCAAUUCUUAUACAAAACAAAUGGUAUUUAAAAGGUUUUUAUUGUAUUAUUUGGUAUAUUUAUGCAGUUAAACGGAAAAGUGUUAUUAUACGUUACCGUUUAUUAACCAAAUAAUGCUAAAAUAAUUUGCGCAAUAAAUGGCCUAGAACGUUUUGUAUGUAUAAUAUAUAUUGUUGUUAUAUUGUUAAUAUAAAAGUAUCACACACGAUUUGUAAGGAUUUGACAUUGUGAUUCUUUAGAACGAUAUACACACGUCAGUAUUAUUUGAUAUUAGCGUAGGUUUCGGAGUAUUUAUUAUAUUAACCGAACCAUGUUAAACAGGGUUGUAUGUAUAAAAGUUAAAUAAAGA